CAAACACGGCGUCUUGAAGCUCUUGAACUGCUUUGACAUGGAUUGUGAGACACCAUGUUCAUUCAAGUUUGCUGAUGAUAAGAUUAUAGAGUCUACACCGGCAAAGCUGGCUGGUAUAUUUUGCAUGCAGAGGAUUGGAAGCAGAAAGGGUCAGAAGCUGUUAAAGUACUAUUGUCCUAGUGAUUUGACUGACAAUGUUUUAUACAGCAAAUACUUCACCGAUAUCAAAUCUACAAAGCAUCAGACGACGGUGACUAAGACAAACAUUUUAGAGAAGAUAAAACAACUUAUGGCAAAAAGGAGAAAAAGUGGGAAAAGAAAGAAAGUUGAUGAAAAGGAUCUAGUUUGCCUGAUAGGUCUUUAUCUUUGCUGUGUAUUGUUUUUUGGCGACAAAAAUGCCAAUGGAGUGAACGCGAAAUAUCUUAGUAUCGUUGAAACUUAUGAUACGGUGCUCAAGGUGUCGUGGCCUGAUUUAAUACACGAGCACUUGUUUGAAGAGAUUCAUACUAAUCUUAGUUGUUUGUCAAAUGUGAAGGCUUGUGUGCAAUACCUACUGUUAUUGUUUGCUGAACACACGCCAGCAGGAUUAAUCCCGAAAGUUGAGAACCACGAGGAAGAUAUCCCGAGGGUUGGGAGAUGGGAUAUAUACCAGAUUUCUGAUUACAUUUGGAAAACAGACAUGACACAGUUUUCGGUAAGUGUUAUAUGUCAGUUGGUUUAG